UUCUGUGUGGAGAAUCCGUGUCAGUUGAGGGAGAAGGACGGUGAGACUAUUACUAUGAAAUAUCCGUUGAUAGUGCCACCGAAUGAACGAAUGGGAUGGGCUGUAUCACGGCCGAUGACUGAACGUUGGUUUCAUACGGGUAUUUCGGGUCAAGAAGCCGAGGCAUUAUAUCCGUUGAUAGUGCCACCGAAUGAACGAAUGGGAUGGGCUGUAUCACGACCGAUGACUGAACGUUGGUUUCAUACGGGUAUUUCGGGUCAAGAAGCCGAGGCAUUGUUGUCGAAGGAGGGUAAACAUGGCACUUAUUUGGUGAGAGAGAGCCAAAGUACUCCAGAAUAG